AUAAUUUUUUUGAAGACCCAAAAAAGAAGACUUGUUCUCUCUCUCUCUCAGCCGCCGACUCAAAAAAGCCACCGCCCUUCCACCUCGCCGGCAGCUCUGAACCGCAGAGUUCAUCUGAAAAGGUGCAACAAAUUAAGCUCUGUGUACAACCUCCCCCACUCCACUCCUUCAUUUCAACACAGUAGCCGCCAAUCUCUGUAACUUUUCCCAUUCCAACCUCUAUAAUUUUGGUCAAAUCUCAACACCCACCUGAUUUCCUCCGUUUUUAUCCACACCCCAUUUCCGCAAACUCGUAAAUUUUACUUCUUUACCGCUCUAUUUUGCCGCCAUUUUACCGGAGUUUGCAAAAUCGCCGCCGCCGCCUUUUUUAGGGCACGCAUUUUUUCCGGUUUCUGAAUCAAUUUCGUUAGAUAAAAUUAGUAAGGGCUCAAAUAGAAGAUAAAAAAUGAAUGACUCCACCGCCUCCGGCGAUGAUUCUUCCGGAAAUCAUGCAGCGCCGCCGCAGAAAGCAAUUGCGAAAAAGAAGCGGAAUCUCCCCGGCAUGCCCGAUCCUGACGCGGAGGUGAUCGCUUUAUCACCGAAGACGUUAAUGGCGACGAACAGAUUCGUCUGCGAGGUAUGCAAAAAGGGGUUUCAGCGCGAUCAGAAUCUGCAGCUGCACCGGCGUGGCCACAAUCUGCCAUGGAAGCUGCGGCAGAGAUCAAGCAAGGAUGUGAAGAAGCGCGUCUACGUCUGCCCCGAGCCGAGCUGCGUCCACCACGAGCCGUCUCGGGCGCUCGGGGAUCUCACCGGGAUCAAGAAGCAUUUCUGCCGGAAGCACGGCGAGAAGAAGUGGAAAUGCGACAAAUGCUCCAAGAAAUACGCGGUUCAAUCCGAUUGGAAGGCGCAUUCGAAGAUUUGUGGAACGAAGGAGUACAAAUGCGACUGUGGGACUCUGUUCAACAGGAAGGAUAGCUUUAUCACACACAGGGCAUUUUGUGAUGCUUUAGCAGAGGAAACAUCGAAGCCAGCCUCUGUUUCACCGCCAUCGCCACCUUCACCGGCCUCAUCGCCUCCACCACCGUUGCCAUUGCCAUCGGAGCAUGAAGAUUCUACUCAAACUGAUGUGGUAUCUUUGGCCUUACCAGAUAACAACAAUCAUGUUACGGAGAUGCUGGAAAGUGCAAAACCUGAUUCGACCAAUGGCCGGAUGUUGGAGGAGACACCCGCGAUGACAAACUUGACGGGUGGCUCUAGCAGUAAUGGAAGCUCUAGUAGUAAUGUCUUUGCCACUCUGUUUGCUUCAUCCACAUCUUCUGGAAGCUUCCAAUCUCAAACAGCCGGCUUCUCAAAUAUAUUCCGUUCAAUUGCUUGUCCUGACCCUACGCCUGCUAUUGCCCCGUCUUCAUCUUCAGAGCCAGUAGCUCUCGGCCUUGCAGUGAAUCAAGGGUCGUCAAUUUUCGGAACAGCCGGGCAGGACCAUAUGCAGUAUCCUCCAGCAGCACCACCGCCAUCUCUCUCAGCAACGGCAUUGCUACAAAAGGCCGCUCAGAUGGGCGCUGCAGCAUCAAACACGUCGUUACUGAGGGGUCUCGGAAUUGCAUCCUCGUCCUCGUCUCCUAGUGUUUCUCACGACGGGCCAUCAUUAGCUGGUCUCGGGCUGGCCUGUGAUAGUGGCUCUGGUCUCAAGGAACUAAUGUUGGGAACUCCUUCAAUUUUUGGGCCUAAGCAUACUACCCUAGACCUUCUUGGCUUGGGGAUGGCCGCCACUGGCGGCUCCACUAGCGGACUAUCAGUUCUGAUGAACGGUGGUCUCGACGUUGGUAGAGACUUCAGUGGCCAAGAUAUAAGAUGAAGCUCAACAAACAAUGCUGUUGAUUGUAGUGAAAAAUCCUGAGUUUUAAAGUUUUGGAUGAGAUGCAACCAUUUUGCAUUUCAUUGGCCUAAGGCCUUUGAUGAAAAGAGAAUUACUGUUAGUAUUUGUGUUUUUCUUUUUCCAGUUUCAAAUCGAAGGUGGAGUAGGCGGCCACCAUACUUCGUCUCAUCGGGUGAUCAUACGUCCAGGUACGAGCUCGGGUUCGAUAUGAGAUAUGAACCAAUUAUGAGUCUAGGUAUUAAACUCACAUGCUACAACGCUUUGUGUAUAUAUUUUGUCACAUUAAAUUAGUUAGAUAAACAUAUGUAAUAAUGAUUGUAGCUUGUGUUUGUGGAUUCCCUUUUUAUGUUUGGCUGAAAAAAUCUUGUUUAUUAA